ACCGAUAAUUAUAUAGCAGAUCGUUCAGGUGGUCAGGAAAAUGAACGCUCUCUUCUUGUCUUUGAUUCAUUCAGAGCACAUAUUACUGAUGCAGUUAAAAAGAAGCUUCAAGAGAAUAAUAAUGACCUUGUUGUAAUUCCCGGUGGGUUAACUUCUGUGUGCCAACCGCUAGAUGUUUCAAUCAACCGUCCCUUCAAAGUAGCACUUC